UCUACUUUCAAAAUCAUUACCUUAGAGAUUUAGUAUUGUCUUAGGAGUUAUAACAUACGGAUUUAUAAAGCUUUAAAAACUUGAAAUUAUGAAUUUAUUAAUUAUGAGUAAAAACUACGAUGACUAAUGGGAGGAUUAUUAAUUUAGCCAUUUUACAAAAUAUGAUCGUUAAUAAUGUAAACCAAUGUAAUUUAAAAAUCUUUAUAUGAAAGAUUUGAUUGUUUUAAAAAAUGACAAAGAAAGUUGUAGCGUUUAUACUUAUAGCACUGCUAUCGUUAGUAGUAUGGGUCUAUAGAAGUUCUAAUUUCGAAUACAAUAACAACAUAGUGUUAAUAAAACAAAAUACGCUCUUCAAACAUGCUUUGAUAAAUCCUCUGAAUACAACUUGCGAUCGACAUCCCUUGUUUGUGAUAAUAGUAACUUCAUAUGUUGGUCAUGUAGAGUUGAGGAGUGCUCAUAGACGAGCCAUGCCAUUAGAAUACUUAGCUGCCCAUAAUGCUACAAGAGUUUUUUUAUUAGCAAAAAUACCUGGAAAUGAGAGAUAUAUUACCCAAGAAGCAAUCAAUGAUGAGAGCAAUACAUUCGGUGACAUUUUACAAGGACAGUUCUAUGAAAAUUACAGAAACCUUACAUACAAACAUCUCAUGGGAUUGCAAUGGGCAUCUACAACAUGCAGUGCAGCAUCCUUCAUUUUAAAAGUCGAUGAUGACACAGUAUUUAAUUUUGAACGAACAUAUGAAUACAUUAAAACAUUAUCUACAAAUAAAAGCAACUCCUUAAUAGGAUACAUUUUAAACAACACUCAGCCAAGAAGAAACACUGAAAACAAAUGGUUUGUAACCUAUGAGGAGUAUCCAAGAAGUGUCUACCCUCAGUAUCUGUCAGGAUGGUAUUACAUAAUAACUCCAGACGCUGCAAGAAUAAUAAGUCAAGAAGCUACUUACCAUCCUUACUUCUGGAUAGAUGAUAUUUUUGUCACGGGGCUUCUCACUGAAAGCCUCGGUCUUAAAUUAAAACAACUACCAUUAAACUACUGGUUAGAAUACUAUGAACUACUCGAAUGCUGCCUUCGUGAUAUGAUAAAGAAAUCUAUUGUUUGUGACUACACUGUUGGUCCUAAUGGCAGCAGAAACAAUUUGAUUGUAGAAUUUAAUGAGGCAUAUAGAAAUUGCCACAAAUGGGGUAAUUGUACCCGACCAAAUGAUUACAAUUUGAAGAAAGAAUGUGUUGUAAGUAGGGAAAGGACUAUUUUUAGUGAUGGGAAAGCUAUAAUCGACCAUGAAAUACUCUGAAUGGUAAAAUCGUUCUAGAUUAUAAUUGAGAUUGGACAUAAUGACAAAAUAAGAAAAUGCAGCAGUACAUGUUGUAUAAUUGAAAACAAAAAAUGAAUUUCUUAUCAAUUCUAUAUAAAAACAUGUUAUGGCACACUUAAAAACAGUUAUAACAUUGAAAGUAAAACUUAAAAUUAACUUCAUUAAUGAUUCACGUAAACAACAAAUAAGUCAAAAUGGACAUAUAAAAAAUAACAAUAUGUAUUUAAUGUAGAGAAUUAAACUAGUCAGAUUUUUA